AAACCUCACCCACGGGAUACAGCCCCGGGAAACUGCUUGUGAUUGAAUCCAGAUUUCAGUCUGGCCUUGAUGCUCUGUACCCAACCUGUCGUCGUAAUCAGUGUAGCACCUUGCGUGUGCGAGCCAGGGCUCUGUUCUGCAGUUAGCUCUGGGGAACGAUUUCCCCCUUGACAUGGGAUUUUACAGCUCCAGAGAUCUGCAUGUGUUGGGUCUGUGGAAAGCUGAGGCCUGUGAGGUACACUUGAUGUUUAACAAGGACGUUUUACUUUACUUUCAGGCAUUACUUUCAGGCAGCGGUGCUAGGAAAGUAUUUUCUGCCUUUCCUUGGGACAGAAACUGCCCUAGUUUUAGAUGUCUCAAUGGAUAUGUGGAACUUUUCCUACACUUGCCUGGCAUCCUUAUGGCUGCACAGAUUUUACAUCUAUUCUGUUAUUGCUUUUGGGAUCAGUCUCUGGAUCGUUGUCCAGCUCUUCACCACCAAAAAGAAGGGUGAAAAAUCCAAUGGGAAUCUGUCUUCUGGAGUAGCAGAAGAAAAACAAGCAAAUGGAUAUGCUGCCCAGCAGGCGAAGGAGGUCUAUGUUGCUGGCGUAAAGAUUUUCUAUGGGUCUCAGACUGGCACAGCAAAGAGAUUUGCGAAAGGUCUGGCUGAAGCAGUUGUUUCCCUUAAUUUGCCUGUGGAAGUCAUUAGCAUGGGAGAUUAUGAUCCAGAUGACUGUCUAGCAGAGGAGACAACCAGCAGGAACAUUUGUGUGUUCUUGGUAGCUACGUACACAGAUGGACAGCCAACUGAGAGUGCCACAUGGUUCUGCAAGUGGUUAGAAGAGACUGCAAAUGACUUCCGCUUUGGCAAAACCUACCUGAAGGGCCUGAGAUACGCUGUGUUUGGCUUGGGAAACUCAGUUUAUGUUGAUCAUUAUAACACAGUUGGAAGAAAUAUUGACAGAUGGCUGUGGAUGCUCAGUGCCAGCCGAAUCAUGACUCGUGCUGAGGGGGACUGCAACGUGGCCCAGAGCAAGCAUGGCAGCAUUGAGGCUGACUUCGAAGCCUGGAAAACCAAGUUCCUCGGUUGUCUCCAGGCCCUCUGCAGAGGGGAAAGGAAGCCCUGCAGUGGGAAGUGCAAGAAAGGGAAGUGCAAAUCCCAGGGGAAGCAGAGCAAGGAGAGCUCAGAUCAUAAACACGGGGCAUCAGAGUACGAGAAUGCUGAGGCAGAAGAAUUGUUUGAAACCAGUAGUGAGGAGGAGGCUGAUACUGAGGAAGUUGGAGGCAUAAAUUCUGUCAUUGAUGUUGAAGAUCUUGGCAAUGUCAUGAGCCACAUGAAGAAAGCCAAGAGAGAACGUGAGCUUGAGGAAGGAGAUGUUGGAACGAGCUUGUCUGGAGAGACCACCGGGAGGAAGGAGGCAGGUGAAAAGAGAGAGAUGAUAACUGCAGCUCUGAGAGACGCGCUCACAAAGCAAGGUUACAAGCUGAUCGGAAGCCAUUCUGGGGUGAAGCUCUGUCGGUGGACAAAGUCGAUGCUUCGAGGCCGAGGUGGCUGCUACAAGCACACGUUUUAUGGGAUUGAGAGCCAUCGCUGCAUGGAAGCCACACCGAGCCUUGCUUGUGCCAACAAAUGCGUGUUUUGCUGGAGACAUCAUACGAAUCCAGUGGGCACAGAGUGGAGAUGGAAGAUGGACCAACCUGAAAUGAUCUUGCAGGAGGCUAUUGAGAACCAUCAGAAUAUGAUUAAGCAGUUCAAAGGAGUGUCAGGAGUAAAAGCAGAUCGCUUUGAGGAAGCAAUGACAGCAAAGCACUGCGCGCUGUCACUGGUGGGAGAGCCCAUCAUGUACCCGGAGAUCAACCGCUUCCUGAAGCUCCUGCACCAGCACAACAUCUCCAGCUUCCUCGUGACAAACGCACAGUUUCCAGAUGAGAUUAGGAACCUCGAGCCAGUAACACAGCUGUAUGUCAGCGUGGAUGCCAGCACCAAAGAGAGCCUGAAGAGAAUUGACCGACCCCUCUUCAAGGAUUUCUGGCAGAGGUUUCUAGACAGUUUAAAGGCCUUAUCUGAAAAGCAACAGCGUACAGUCUAUAGGCUGACACUGGUGAAAGCUUGGAACGUGGAUGAACUCAAAGCCUAUGCUGACCUGGUAUCCCUGGGUAAACCAGACUUCAUCGAGGUCAAGGGGGUGACGUACUGCGGAGAAAGCUCGGCCAGCAGCCUCACCAUGGCCAACGUCCCCUGGCACGAAGAGGUGGUGCGCUUUGUCCAGGAGCUGGCCGAACUCAUCCCAGACUACGAAAUUGCCUGUGAGCACGAACACUCGAACUGUCUGCUGAUAGCUCACAAGAAGGUGAGGCUCCUCUGUGCCAAGCUGUGAGAGCAGGCACCAUGCCUUGUCCUUGGAAGUGGUGUGCAAUUGCCUUAUUUGAGCAGAUUAUUUUUCUGGAGCUAGCUGAAUACUUCUGGAGGGAAAAAUGCCUAGUAUGUACCGCAGAGAGCUAAUGAAGCCACUGCAGGUUUCAGUUGGUCGUGAUACCUCACAGCACUUCCGUAGUGAUACAAAGCACAAAAUAUUUAAUGGGCCCAGGAAGAGCUCAUUGCACUGUUUCCUGUGCUUCGUCAUGCUCACUGCUUUGUGUUUUGAGAGAGGCAAUGGCAAAUCCUGUUGAGGUGGGUCAGCUCUUUUUGUCUCAUUGCCUUAUUUUUAUUUGUGAUGGUUUUCAUUGGUAUAUGCAGCUCUGUAGGGAACUUAUGCUUCACACCAGGUUAAGGUUGUGUUUUGCCUCCUCUGGAUCCUGGCAAUACCUUCCAAAGCUCUAGAUGUCCUUGUUCACUUCAACCGGAGCUGGAAUAACAUAUGUUGCUUCUUCUGGAGCUAUAAUUUUGGCAAAGUUGAAGUUGAUAUGUCGAUGCUAAAUACCGGCUGCUUGCUUUUUUGAACUGGGCCUGCCUUUCUGUAAAAUCAUUCAUCAGAACGCAACCAGCACGUUUGUGUUCUGCGUCCUGAUGAUGGAGAAGAGGAUGCAGAGCUGCCUUCUGAUGCCACCCAGUGUCACGUGUGCUGCUGGGGCACUUUGCAAGCCAGGCAUGUCUCAGCAACCUUGAGUGUGUAUGUAAAAUGUGUUAGAAACUCAGGUUCCUUCAUAAAUACCAUCAACACAAUUUGAAAUACAAGUGAAGUGCUAAAAAAUAAUUUUUAAAGGAUGCAGGUUAUGAGAAAUACCAAGUACAACUUGGCUUUCUGGGCUCCAGCAAAGCUUAAUGGAAAGACGAUAGGAAAUGUAUAAUGUGCUAGCAAGGCAACUGGUGGAACAGCUACUUAUUGUGCUGCUAGUGAUGGUUUUGCUCUUUGCAUAUUCUUUGCUUGUGUUUGCUGAAGCCACAUAUUCUCUCUCACCAUUUGCUUGGAUGGGGACCUGGUUUUAGUCAGUGUUGUAUGGCUUUAUAUGCAGGACAAUUCUGGCCAUACUGUGCUGCACACAGGGAAUAACUGGUUAAAAUCGCCCCUUGCAGAAGGUCUGAAAUAUUUUGAAGUGGUGUUUGGAAACAGUUAGAAUCUCAUUGUCUAAAACUUUUGUGCAGCUGCAAAACUUUGUUGCUUUUCUUGAUUUGCUGUUUUAUGGGAAUAGAUGUAAAAGGAACAGAAAAAAAUGUGAUACCUGGCACUUUUUUUGUUUCAACUCACUGUAAAGUCGCUUUAUUUACAGUCUCAGUCUUGGUUGUUGCCACUGGCAACUGUGCCUGAACAAAUCCUUGAAUGCAAAAAAUCCUUUUCUAAGGUGAAAGGCCCAGGGAAGGAAAGGAAACAGAUUGCCACCUAAGUUACUGAUGCAUAAUUUAAGUAACACCGUUAGUAACAAGAAUAGAUUGAUACCAGCCCAGGAGGAAUUCAACAGCUGCUUUGCUUUCCAAAGCCAUUAGGAGAGGGCGUCUUUUGGAAACAAUCUAUACUUGGUACUAAAACAACUAAUAAAAAAAAAUAUAUUUCUAUUACAUUUAAUUCAGAAUUUCAGGCUCCAGUGGAGAAUAAAAUUUGUCAGUGUAUAUUAUUUGGAGAAAAUCUGUACUCUGGGAACAAUCAAACUGUAGUGAGUAAUUGCAAAAUCAAAGGUAUCUUUAGAAAGUUAAGGAGUUGCAGGAAGUAGGUAAUAAAAAUAAUUUUAAAAUGGGAUUUUGUUCUUUGGGCUCUGCUAGGUCUGAGUUUUGAGGUUUUCAAACAAUGCUAAUACUAAUAAUUUUAAACCCUAGUAUUGAAGUGCCAGCAUGUACUAAAGAGUCUGGGCAUGUCA